AUGUUUGCGGCCGUAGCAAAAGUGAAAGACGCCGCCGUCAACGGCGCUGACGAGAAAGACUGCAUGCUCACCGCGUCGUUUGAGGCAACGCAGCUCUUCAUCGACGAUGGCCGACAGCGGGAGUUCGCGCCGGGCGCCGCCGCCAGAGCCAUGCCGGGACUGCGGGAGCAGCGGAAGACGCGGCAGCACUGUGACGUAGUUUUCCGCACGACAGACAACACCGAAGUUUGGGCGCAUCGCUUCGUGAUGUGCGCCAAAUACUCAGGUUGCUAUGCACUCUUCACCAUCGCGAAAGAGAGCAUGGCUCCAGAGGAGAGGAAAAGGGUGGGUUGCCCACCUGUUCGAGCGGUUAUCAAGGACCUAGAAGGCGACUUCAUCAAGCUUCUGGUAGACUUUGCCUACCACAUACCAAUGCACGAACGCAUCGGCAAGCACAAUAUCGUCAAGGUACUCGAACUCGCCGAGGUACUGAAGCUGGUGGAGAUUCAACAUCACUGCCUGAAGACACUUAAAGAGGACCUAGAACCAGAAAACUGCAUUGAAACAUACCACCUUGCAACCAGCCAUGGAUACGAAUACCUUGCCAAAGAAGCCCUUCGCUACCUGGUUCGCAGCUUUGAUGAGGUGUGGAAGAACAACGCGCAGUUUGUAGCUCUCACCGUUCAGGAGAUGAAUUCCAUCCUAGAAAACGACCGGCUGAACGCACCGAGCGAAGUGGAAGAGACCUUCCAGGCUAUCUUCAAGUGGAUCUCCGCUGACGUUGCCGCAAUGAAGGAGUACCUCGCCAGGUUCCUGCCUCUGGUUCGCUUCGUACAAUGCAGCGCCACAGAAUUCGAAAAGGUUGUAUCCCACCCAGAAGUCCAGAAUGACGAGAGGAGCAUGAAAGUGCUCAGCGUCAUCCAUCAGACGCUCACCCAGCACUCACUGGAGGUAGGCAAAGUGUCCAUCAUCGACCUGUCUUCAAAGCAGUGGCUCACACCUCGCGUGCCCAAAGACAUCCUGUUCGUUUUCGGUGGACUGACGUCGACUGCCACGAACAAAAUGUUCACGUUCAAUGGCCGCGCCCAGAAGUGGCGCGUUAUGGGAAGCCAGAACACAACUCCAAGGGCGUACCACAGCGCGGCUGUGAUCAACUCGUGUAUUUACUUCGUGGGCGGCUUCAACGGACGUGAGUGCUAUCAUUCGGUGGUGUGUUUCAACGUGCCCCUCGCCAGGUGGAGCACCAAAGCAAACAUGGCCUUCGCACGCUGCUACGUCAGUGUUGCCGUUUUGCAGGGCAGCAUCUACGCCAUGGGUGGUUUUGACGGGCGUGCGCAUACCAGGACCGUGGAGUGCUAUGACAUUAUGGUGAACCAGUGGUCCCUGGUGGCGGACAUGACUGAAGCCCGCAGCAACGCCAGCGCCGCAGUAGCUCAUGGCCGCAUCUACAUCGCUGGCGGCUUCACAGGUGCCACGAUUCUCGACAGCAUUGAAUCUUACGACCCAUCUACCAACAUCUGGACCCAUAUUACCACUAUGUCAUCUCCAAGAAGCGGCGCCAAGGUCGUGGCCCACAAGGGCAUGUUGUACAUCAUCGGAGGCUACAAUGGAGUCACGCGACUUUCCAGCUUGGAGAAGCUCGACGUAAGGAGAGGUCGUAUAUUUCAGCUACCCAGCAUGCCCCACGCCAAAAACAGCUUCGCAGCCGUCGUCCUUGAUGGCUGCAUUUAUGUCAUCGGGGGCUACAACGGUAUGAGAAUGGUCCAGCUUGUUGAAAGGUACGACAUAGCAAACCGCCAGUGGUUUGCAGCUCCCCAGAUAUCGACCAACUGCAGCGACUCUGCCGCCUGCGUCGUUGAGGACGUCGCCGACCCGGCGGAAGAGCCCGACCUCCGAAGGCUCUAUGCUACCGACUUACCUGCCAUGCCCACUCCAAGGUGCAACUUCAUUGCAGCCAUCCUCGCAGCUGCAUACACACUAUCGGUGGCUUCUUAG